AUGAAUGAAGCAACUACUGUUAGUGGCCUCAUUAUCGGGUUAAUAAUCGCAAUAUUGACCUGCGCCCUAAUCUCCUUGAUCCUUGUCGUCGUAACAGCCCGGUUCCUUGAAACCAAAUACUACUCGCCAGCCCAGAAGGAAGUCGCCAACAGAAUAGCGGCCCAACUAGACGAAUGCCGAACGUUGGUCCGCCGAAUCGACGACAGACUGACAAGACAAGCACAACAACAAUCAGCCAGACGAGCGCUACGCAAUCAACAAAACAAGUUGGCCGACCAAGUGAACCUGACACUCCCGCGACGUAAACGAUGUCGAAGUGAGGAUUUGGAUGCAGUGUUCCCGAAGCUGAAUCUUGGAGGCGAUAACGAAACGGACAAAGAAAGCCCGGCUAUGCCACCGCCAAUGCGCCUUCUUGAUCGACGCGAAUCAAAAAUUAUGAAAAGAUCCUGCUCCCUUGACAAUAAUCUCUGCUAA